UCCAACCUUCAACACCCCGGAGUUUCCUCCCCCAAAAAAAGAUUCUUCGACGAUCUCGUCCCACCCUGAGUCGUCUGAGUCCUUGCUGCUUGGUCUGAGAAGAUCUCUCCUCUUCGAUCUAUUCGUUCCUUCUUCGCACGCGGAUGCACCUUCAUUGGCCACACUUCGAACCCCCCAUUUCAACAAUUCCGGCCCAGCAACUCCCUGGUCGCGGCGUUUACCCUCCGCGGUCUGAACACACCUCUCAUCCGCUCGACGGGCAGCCAUGGCCGCGGAGCAUACAAUCACGCAGGCUCUGCUAGAGUGGCUCAACAGCUUCGCUCUGGGAAAAACCAUCCGCACAACAGAAGAGCUUUCCGAUGGGACCAUUAUCUGGGAGAUCCUACAGGAUAUUGAUCCGCAGUACUUCCUCGAUGAAAUCCCUCAACGAACCCCGUCCGACCAUUGGCUGUCCAAAUGGCAAAACCUCAAACACAUCCAUAAAUCACUCGUUAACUACAUUCGCCAGCAGCCCGAUGGCAUGCCGUCGGGACUAGAUCCCAACCCCAACCUCGAACUCGUCGCCGAGAAGAAUUCCGAGAAGGAAGCCAAUAAGCUCCUCAAGUUGCUCUUGAUUGGGGCCAUUCGUUCCCCUAAUGCACAGACUUAUGUCGAAACCUUGCAGACUUUAAGCACGCCGACUCAGGAAAUCCUCAAGAAUAUUUUCGAAGAGGCACAAAAUGGCCAACAUGAAGCCAUCGACGGCGAUGAUGACAUCAAAGAGGAGCGAGAGCUACCCGUCGAUCCGGAACUACAGUUUGAGGAGCGAGUGGGCAAGGUAUUGGCGGAGAACAAUCGUAUGGCGAGGGAGAAAAAGGACAUGCAGAAUCAGAUUGACGAUAUGCAUGACCGCUUGGCCCGCCUCCAGGAGAACAAUGACACCUUGCAAAGCCGUCUGGCAUCCACUGAAGAUCGGCUCAUCAACUUGCGGUCCGGUAAGGGGGACCUUGGACUCAAUGCCAAGGCUCUCGAAUCCAAGUCUCGCCAACAAGAGGAUAUAAUCGCUACCCAAGAAGCCAGGCUAGCCACAGCACAAGAUGAGAUAGACAGUCUGCGAAUGACAGUCGAAUCGUUACGGGUCAAAAAUCAACGUUUCCAAAAGUUACAAGAUGAUUAUGAUGAGCUGAAAACCGAACGUGACCAGCUGGCCCGGAAAGCGAACGCAGCGGAGAAGUACCGCCAAAAGUUACAGGCAAGCCAAGACUUUGAGAAGGAGAAUCAGUCCCUGAAAAAUCAGAUCAAAGAUCUCCAGCAACAACUCAAGGAGACGGAUUCGCAACAGAAGUGGAGUUCUGAGCGCGAGGUAGAGCUUGAAGAGUACAGGAGAGUCCUGCCCCGCAUAGAACAGGAGUGUAGCGAAAUUCAGAACCUUAAGAAGCAGCUAGAGUUCAAUAAUCAUGCACUCACUGAGCGUCUCAGUAACGCGGAAGAACAACGCGAACGCGAUGAUGCCUUGAUCAGCGAGCUGAGAGAACGAGUUCGGGAGUUGGAAGGGUCGCCCGGCAGCCCAUCCCUGAUGCCAGGAGCAGAGACUCCAAAACUGGAGGGAACUCUACAGAAAGAUUUCGAGGCGAUUGGUGUGAAAGAAUCUCAACUGAAAUCUGAAAAUGAGGACCUCAAGAAGGAAAUUGAAUCGUUAAGGGGACCUUCGACAUCUACUUUUGAAGGCUUCUCUGAUACAUUUAGCGAAACUUUACAGCAAGCUCGCGUCAAUUCAACACAGAGGUACGUCUGGCGGUGACCGUGCUGUUCUGUUGCUAAUGCUUAUGUCCAGUGAUGAGUAUUGGAAACUGUACGAGCAGUUCACGUCGACGCUGAAGAGGUUGGCAGAAGCCCAAGACUCUCUUGACGUGACCAAGCGAUCCCUGAGUGAUACGAUAGCAG